GUGAUCACCUCCCUUCUGCCUCGCGCCCAACGUAGCCAUGCCUGUCCUGAGCGAGAGCUCAAUAUCCACUAUGGCCGCUGGCACGGAUGGACGAGAGCGCAUGGUCUUCCCGGACACGGGGAAGCAGAUCCUCGCCGCGUUCAUCCAUUUCAUGGGUGUGUCCAUCCUGGCCCAUUGUCUGUCCCGUAGGGUCACCAUCGAACACCUCACAUCCCUCAGCGGCUUCAUGCAGCUCUCGUGGCCGCGGCUGCUUAUCAUCCUCGUCUUCCUCGACUCGUGGCUCUUCCUGUUCACGAGCGGCAUCCUAAUUUUUGGAGCGGGUAUGGAGCUGAACAAGACGGUCUGCGCCCUCGGCAUAGACAUCUGCAUUGCCUUCUACGCGACGUCGAAAAUAUUCAUCUACUGGUUCCUCAUCGAGAAGGUUUUCUUGGUUUGGACGCCAGGUGCCGGCGCCAGGCGGAUGAAAUCCCCAGUGUACAUCGGCUGUUUCGCGAUGCUGUCGCUUUACAGCGUUGUGGUGGUCGUCAUUGUCUUAGGCAGAGUAUCAUUCUUCCGCGACGACGGUGCUUGCACUAUCGGUUUGCAGCCGCACGCUUCUGCAACGCUGGUUGCAUAUGAUCUAUUCAUCAACAUUAUCCUCAAUGGACUGUUCCUCUGGCCUCUCUUGAGGAAUCGAUUCAUGAACCCGACGGUCAAGAAAGUAGCUUCGCGUACUUUACUAGCUUCCGUUGUGGCUUUGACAACGUCCACUGUUAACAUGCUCGUCCUCACCCUCAUGCACGGAAAGCAGUUGGGCUGGGUCUGCCUCGGCAGUUGCGGCACCGAUGUCGUGUUCAACGCCCUCGUCCUCUUCUGGGUGACCGGCGGCGCGGGCAACAGCUCCAUGGCGAACGUCUCCAGCGGCGCGGGGCCGCGCACCGCCAAGCAGCCGCCCGUGAACGUCAACGUGAACGUGAACGUCCUCCCCGCGAGCCCGACGUACCCGCACGUGCUCCCCAGCCCGCUCUCGCCCGACAGCAAGCACGCCGCGAGCCCGCGCGGCGGCGGCUUCGACUACCUCCCGCGCGAGCACGACGUGGCGUCGCCGUCGAACGUCGCGUUCGUGGGGGACGCGCCGCCGGAGAGGAGGCGGGUGUAUAUGGAGCAGCGGGGACGGUCGCGGCUGGAGAGCCUGGUGAGGUUCUUCAGGCGGAAGGACCAGCAGGCGGAGGAGCAUAGUCUGCAGAUCCAGGUCACGACCAUCCGGGAGGUGGACGUCCCGGACACGGCGCAGGUGACGCAGAUGACGACGGACGAGGAGAUCGAGCGGGGCAAGGACGACAUGGCCAUCGACGAGGUGCGCAUGCACGAGCAGAAGGCGCCGUCCCUGAACUAGAGGCGUAGCACGGGACGGGACUGCACUGUUGUAUUCCUAAGUCUGGUUUCUGUACGGUAUCAGCAUAUGCGCGCUCCUUUUGUUAUAGGUAUAUACUUUACUAAGUUAUAUUAUGUGUUUUCGUGACGCGUUCAUGCGGG